AGCACAAGCGAGAAUCAAAUCAUUUUCAACAAAAUGGCAGCUGCAGAAUCCAUAAAGGCGUUCGAGUGCAGGGUUUUUGAAAAACUAUUAAAGUCAAAAUUUAAAAAUGCAAAUUAUCGUAGGAAAGUGAUAAGAAACACUUUAACAGAGCUAGUCGAGAAGGAGAGAGUGGAGACGUCGUUAGCAAGAGCAAAAGAUGUGGCAAGGGUUGCAAACAGAAUGAUUGACUUAGCAAAAGAAAACAAUGAGCCUAUUGUCUACACAUGGUUAAUGAAUAAAUCAUUGGUUCCUAAGGUUUUUAACACCUUAGUUCCAAGAUAUGCAACUGUAACGGAGAAGUACACAAGGGUAUACAAUAUUCCCCCAACUACUGAAAAGUUUUCAUCAAUGGGAAUCGUUGAAUUUAUUGGAAACAGUUUACCUCCAUUAGAACCAACAGAAGAAGAAUUGGUUAAGCUAAAAGCUGAAAUUUUGAAGAAACAAUUUAAAAGCCAAAUUUCACCAGAUGGAAUUUUGGUAUAGUAACAUCACAUGCUUGUAAAAAGUUUGAAAUUUCUAUAAUUAUGUUGUUUCGCUCAAGUGAUGAAUUAUAUUUUUAAUUUGUAAGAAA